AUGAACUCAAGACCUCGUCUCAUUGCUCACUUUGUUGAGCCUUCUCUGCUACAGGUUGCUGCUACAAGGAAGCUUACUCAGUGGUCAAGAAAGAAGGGACCUUUUGUUGCUGAUAUUGCUACGGUGGAGGGGAAUACAAUAACUUGGAAAAUGUUUACGGAAGGCGGAGCUAACUCAUACAUCCAAGAACAAAUUGAUGAAGUUCGUAUCAAAUUAGUAGAAUUUGUGAGCAACAUGUAG